CCCCUCCCCUCGGUCCCCCCGGCCGGGCCUGGGCCUCGUCCUCGGCGGCCGCGGCGGGCGGGGCUCGGUCCGGCGGGCGGCGGCGCUGGGGGCGCCCCUGCCCCGGUGCCGGCGGGGGCAGCCGCUGCGACGCUGGGGCCACCGUCCCCGGGCAGGAAUGUCAUGCUUUUAAACAAGAGAGAAACCUGCUGAAUAGCCAGAGCCAGACCCAACAAUGGACUGAUGGUGGUGUGCAGGAAAAUGGGUUGAUUGAGUGCAGAACUACCUUAUUCUACUUUUAGUCCUUUUUUGCACUGUCUUCAGUUUUGCUUCAGAGAGAACUACGUAUCUAAAUGAGUUUGUUAAGUUGGCAACGAAGAACAGACAGCUUCUGAUGUCCAGUCUGUUGGUUUCUGGAGGAAGCUUAAGGUGUAUUACGUAUGUGGAGUCCGAAGCCAGCUUGGAUCUGCACAUGUCUGCUUAAUCCAGUUUGGAAAAAAGUCUCACUUCAGACAGUGCUGAGGCUGGAUUAGCUGAGAUUCGUGAGAUUCAUCCUUCCAACUAAGACGGGAAUUCUGUUUUCAUCAUGUUUUCUCACUGGUGCUGGAUGAGCUGAAACUUCCUGCGUCCUGGGGAGAGCAUGUACAAAAGGAAUGACCUCAUGGCCAAUGUGAUGGUCACCUCCGCCACUCCAGAGGGUAGUAGCAGCUCAGAUUCUCUGGAAGGGCGAAGUUCAGAUUAUGCCAAUAAAAGCUACGAUGCAGUUGUAUUUGAUGUGUUGAAAGUAACUCCUGAGGAGUUUGCUAGCCAGAUUACAUUGAUGGAUACGCCAGUAUUUAAAGCUAUACAGCCUGAGGAACUAGCCAGCUGUGGAUGGAAUAAAAAAGAAAAACAUAUCCUCGCUCCAAAUAUUGUUGCCUUUACUAGGAGGUUUAACCAGGUCAGCUUUUGGGUUGUACGAGAAAUAUUAACAGCACAGACCUUAAAAAUAAGGGCAGAAAUAUUGAGCCAUUUUGUGAAAAUAGCUAAAAAGCUUUUAGAACUGAAUAACCUUCAUUCUCUUAUGUCCGUGGUGUCAGCACUGCAAAGCGCGCCUAUCUUCAGACUGACCAAAACCUGGGCUCUUUUGAAUCGCAAAGACAAGACCACCUUUGAGAAGUUAGACUAUUUACUGUCUAAGGAAGAUAAUUAUAAAAGGACACGAGAGUACAUUAGAAGCUUAAAAAUGGUUCCUACUAUUCCAUAUUUAGGAAUUUAUCUCUUGGAUUUAAUCUACAUUGAUUCUGCAUAUCCCGCUUCAGGCAGUAUUAUGGAGAAUGAGCAAAGAUCCAAUCAAAUGAACAAUAUUCUCCGAAUAAUAGCUGAUCUGCAAGUCUCCUGUAACUAUGAUCAUCUUACAACACUGCCCCAUGUGCAAAAGUAUUUGAAGUCUGUCCGUUACAUUGAAGAACUUCAGAAAUUUGUAGAAGAUGACAAUUAUAAACUUGCCUCACAGUUUUUUUUUCUUGGAUCUAACAGAUUAUCAUUAAGAAUUGAGCCAGGUAACAGCUCUCCUCGACUGGUUUCCUCCAAAGAAGAUCUUGCAGGUCCAUCUGAUGUGUCAGCGAUCAUGAAAUUCAGCAGGAGGCCCACGUGUCCUGAUGCCUCAGUAGCAGCGAGUCUCCCUACACCUCCGGUGCCGAGGCACAGGAAGAGUCACAGCCUGGGAAACAACAUGAUGUGCCAGUUCAGCGUAGUGGAGAGCAAAAGUGCCACCUUCCCGACGGAGCGGCCGCGCCACCUCCUGGAUGACAGCGUCCUGGAGCCCCACAGCCCGCCCCGCGGCCACCCCCGCGGCAGCCUGCUCGCCAACGGCCUCUCCAGAGAUAGCAGUGAAAGCUCAGAAUUUAGUGAGGAGCUGCCAUCAGGGCUUGAAAGGGGUCGUUUAUAUGCCACGCUGGGGCCUAACUGGAGGGUACCGAUCCGGAAUUCUCCUAGGAGUCGAAGCUGUGUCUACAGCCCAACAGGGGCCUGCAGCUGCACAUUAGGUAGUUCCACAGGAGUCAUUACCAUGGAAGGUCCAUUAAGAAGAAAAACAUUGCUCAAAGAAGGCAAGAAACCUACUCUCUCCUCAUGGACUAGAUACUGGGUUAUGCUGUCAGGAUCAACUCUUCUGUACUUUGGAGCAAAAUCUUUAAGAGGCACUGAAAGAAAACAUUAUAAAUCUACACCUGGUAAAAAAGUCUCCAUUGUGGGCUGGAUGGUGGCACUGCCUGAUGACCCUGAGCAUCCUGAUAUUUUCCAGCUAAAUAACCCUGACAAAGGCAAUGUUUACAAGUUCCAGACUGGUUCAAGGUUUCAUGCAAUAUUAUGGCAUAAGCAUUUGGAUGAUGCAUGCAAAAGCAACAAGCCUCAGGUACCUGCUAAUCUAAUGUCAUUCGAAUAGUUUGCUCUCCUGCCUGGUGCGACUUCAAGUGCCAAACUGAAGAAACAGGCUAUUGUUCUCUAAGAAGGAAGAGAAUGGUUUUCCUGACAUGAGCCAGCCACAAAUAUUUCAGCACUUUCCUACGUAACUUGAAAGUGAUUCUGACACAGCUUUUAAAAGCAGAAAGUGAAUGUUGUCCUUAGGACCAGAUAUAGUCUCAUGCACUGAGUGAACGCAGACAAGUUAGAUGGACAGAAGAUUAAUCCUGACUCCUGCGGGAUACUACAGCCCUCAACUUUUUGUGGUCGUAGACUGCCAUGAACUGAUGUUUGACCACAAACUAGGCAUCAUAUCUUCUGCCUGUUCUUUUUUAAACAGUUCUUUUUAUUGUUAAGCUGCUUUGUGUGAAGAAUAUUUGGCCCAUGUUGGGUUUCAAUUCUUUCUAAUGCACAGAAUGAUUGACAGUGUUAACUUGCUGCAAAGUGUCAAUUAGAAUAGAAAAUUGUGGAACAACAUUUUUAUAAUCUUAAGUGCACUGAGUUGCUUGGCAAUGUGGCUGCCUCAGAUUUUGUAUCAAAUCUCUGGACAAUUCUGCUGUUCACAUUUGAGCUAUUUGGGAAAAAUGUAUUUUGGCACAGGACAGUUGGUUUUCUUUUCAUUCAGUUAUGUUACUCAGGAAUGCCCUGGCAAUGGAUUUAAGGCUGUUUAAAUUUAUGUUGUGGUAACGGUCAUCUUUCAUUCUCUUACUAGCGGCAUGGUUGCUUGCAAGUUUGGUUUUUUGCUUCAGUCUGAACGUUGUUCAUCUUAAAUCCCAUGGUACAGGGAAGCAGAUAAUCAGGUGUUCUGUAUCACAUCACCCUGGCUCCUCAGAAUGAUUCCGUAUCAUUGUUUCUGUUCUGUCUUUCUGUGGAUGACUCAGUUCCACUCAAUUCCAGUACACGAUGCACCUUUAUGACAUAUAGUACUGGCACAUGGUGCCGCUAUUAUGAAAUCAUGAUGGCAAUGAAAGCUAAGCAAGACUGUCUGACCGCGGAGCAAGUACAAAGAAGCUUCCACACCAGUGUCCAGAGAACAACAGAAAAAAAAAGAAUGUAACUGAGCCACUGCCUCUGACAGAACUCUCUCUACUGCCAUGGCUGUACCCCUGCUGUGCCCUAGCACCCCUGUGAUCGGGGCGGGUUGCUGUUCCCAUGCUAAGUACAGCAUUUUUUCUGUUUGAAACUCUUUUGCCAUAAGGCAUCAAUAUUCAGACUUCAUCAGUCACAAGGAAACCUCUUCGGAGUUUCCUAAGAUUGCAUAGAGGAGAAAUUUGCAAGCGAACCUCUAGCUUAUAAACCAUUAAAAAAAAAGGAAGUCAAUUUAAUUGAACAGAGCCUGUAUUAGAACAAGCUCCCUGGCAUUAGGAGUAUUUAUUUUCUGGACUUGUAUGUUUUUCUAAAUCUUGAUUUUUAAACUUCAACAACAACAACUACAAAAAAUACCUGUAUUGUUAAAUGUAGAUCAGCUGUAACUUUUGUGUUAUUUUAAAUGUUCGUGUUACAAUCCUGAGAAUGAAGCCUAAUACAUACCAGCUUUUCGAGAAAACCAGUUCCUGACGACAACUGCCUUUAGAUCCCGGGACACGUGAAAGUGUAUAUGAAGUUGACAAAGUUUCUUUGAUAGCUUAGGAGUUGUGUGAAAGAAGUGGUAGUGCAAAAUACAUUUAUACCUUUUUUCUCCCUUUUUGCUAAAUUAAGACAACUUUGAACUAGGAAAAACAUCAGUAUCUGCGAGGGUGGAGUAUCCAAUACCAUUAGAGACAGCGUAGGAGCUUUUGAAUGUAAAAUCCUGUCACCAGUAAACAACUUCAGACUGUUAGAAUAUGAUAUAAUCUGAAUUAUUCGGUGCCCGUGGACUUUUGUGAUUAGAAGAAGCGAGUGUUACAUGGACUGCCAUGUUAAUGAAUGUGCCAGCUAUGACCAUGUGUAUUGUGAUAAACUAAUGGACGUCGUAACAACUUUCGAUUAUGUUUAACAAGCCUCCCUUGGAAAGAACAAUAACUGCUGACUGAUGCAGUGACAAUAGAAUGAGCCUGUACACACUCUUUUUAAUUUAAUUAGCCAUUAGAAUUUAAUAGCUUUUAGAAUUUAAGGGUCUUUAAAAUGUUAUAUAUAUUAUUGUAUGUACAAGAGGUAGAGCGUUCUAGCCUUCAAAAAUAUACUUUUACUCAAAAUUAUGAGCCAUAGAGCCUGUAGGAGAAGUUGCAAAAGGAUCCAUUUUCAAUUGCUUGUAAAACAGAUUCCCAACCAGAAAGGAAGCAUCUUUGCCAGAAACCAUGAUGUGCCCCAAAACAGUGUGGCAUGAAUGAAAGGCAACAUUUAUGAGUGAUUCUUAUACUCAAGUCAUUUGUCACUGACAGAAGAUGAAUCUGUGGAGAAAGGAAACCCUUCAAUCCUACUCAAUCCUCAAACUCAGAUCCUAUUCAAAACCUUGGAAUUUGGAAGUAUGUCAAAAGUCACCGGAAUUCCCUCACACUACUAGUGUAAAACGCAUUAUAUAGAAGAAAGAUGAACAUAGCAAAUAAGGUUUACACGAUAGUCAGGUAAACAUCUUCUUUUCAGUAUAGCACAAUUGUGAAAUUGCUGCACAAUAUUAAAAAAAAAUCAGAACGAUGGCAGUGUAAGAAUAUUAGUAAAAUACCUUAAACCAAUUUUAAAUGAGUUUUAAAAUAUUAAACAGUUGGUAGCUGCUGAUUUGGGUUUUUAUGCUGUCAUUUGGUACUAUUUGCUGCCAUCUGGUACUUUUAAUGUGAAUUGAAAGCUGCUAUUGAAAUACAACAUACUGCAUAUCAGUCCUGAUUAAUACAGCGUUUUCACAAAAAUAUCACAAACCAUACAAGUUUUCAUCCAUCAAAGAGAAUAACUGCAAUAGUUGUGUAAAAAUAAACAUUAUCUCAGAAUUACUAUUUUCAGAAUUGUAAAGAUAUAAAAUGUAUGUAGGCAAUAUUGUUAAUUUAUUAAUGUGCAAUUUUGAUGUAACUCAGUGCCAAAAUGCAUGUUUUUCCAAAUAGCACUAAAAUGAGGCAAAGAAAGUAGUUUUCAAAUUGCAACUUAUUUGUCACAUUAUAAUGUAAACCAAUUUCAACAUUUUGGUUUGUUUUGUGUGAAAACUGUUGCACUAUUUUUGGCUGUGUUUUCCAGCAGUUCACUGCAUGCCAUUUGUGUAAGGAUUCUUUCUAUAAUUGUUGUGAACUGUCUCACCCAUAAUAACCCUGGCGUUGGAAUCUAGGUUUUUGGACAAGUAUUUUGUUACCUCAGUCUUGUAUCAAGUUGCUGUAUUUUUCAGUUUGUUACAUUGAUAAUGAUUGUUUCACUAAUUAAAUACUUUAAUGUAAAAAAAAAAAAAGUUUGUUUACUUCAACAGCAAUUGCAUUUGGUUGUAAGUUUAAAAAUGUGCAGAGUGUGUAUGCUCUUAACAAUAAAAUAUUCUGAAAAAGAAUAGUAGAGGUAUAGAAGGAAUAUUUUAGCUUAAAGGCAGCAAGCAUGUUUUAUUUGUGAAUGAAUGAUAUAUACAGUUGAACAGACUUUAUAGUGCACAGUGCGUAGCCAUGUAAUGGUAAAAAUACAACAGACUCCAGACUUCUAACAGAAAAUUGAAAAACCCUCCAAAUUUGCAGUUCUUUCAAGUGGGAUUUGAAAGUCCAAAGAAGAGGCGAACGUAUCCUGUUGUUUUCCUAAGAAGUGUAUUUUAUCACUACCAAACUUGCAUGUUGACUUGGAUAGCAAGGUAAAUUUCUUUGCAUUUACCAUUAAACUUCAUUUACACA